AUGAAAGCAUUGGCGAGGAGCUACGUUUGGUGGCCAAAUAUUGAUGCGGAUAUCGAGCUCACAGUUAAGCGCUGCCAAGCCUGUCAGGAAACUCGAAAUGAGCCGCACAAAUCGGAAGUACACUUUUGGGAAUCUACUAAGAAACCUUGGUCGCGUCUUCAUGUUGACUUUGCAGGACCGUUUCAAGGCAAGGUGUUCUUUUUGGUCGUUGAUUCUUUCUCAAAGUGGCUCGAGGUUAGCGUUGUCAAGUCUACAUCAGCAGCCUGCGCCAUCGCGUUCCUUCGCCAGCUUUUUGCUACUCAUGGAAUUCCGGACGAGUUGGUUUCGGAUAACGGAACCGCGAUUACAUCUGAUGAAUUUAAAAAAUUUAUGAGCAACAACAUUAUUUGCCAUAUCCGAUCGGCACCUUUUCACCCGGCGACCAAUGGGCAAGCUGAGCGGAUGGUCCAAAGCACAAAAGGAUUCUUAAAGAAGAUGGAACGAGAUACUGACAUAAAUCUAGCUCUGGCCCGAUAUCUGUUCAGCCAACAUUGCACACCGCAUUCGACAACGGGACAUUCGCCAGCAGAGUUGCUCCUGAAGCGGGAACUCAAAUCAUUUCUUGAUAAGAUUCAGCCAAACGAAAUCAUAUUGGGUAAGGACUCUGAACCAGUCAAUAAGAAGAGUUUUGUUACAGGUAGCCCAGUCUGGGUCAGAAACUAUUCAAGCGGCCGGAAAUGGAUUGAAGGUCGCGUAUCGGAGCAAACUGGACCUAUAUCUUACACAGUGGACCUCGAUGAUAGCCGUGUGGUUCGACGUCAUCUAGACCAGCUUCGAGCUCGCGAACCUAAUACCCCGUCUUCGUUUUCUGACGACUCUUCCCCCGUUCCAGACCCAGUAUCACCGUCGAUGGGUCACGCCGUAAAUACAGAGAACUCGCCAGCGCGACUAGCGUCAGUUUUGGAGCCGAUCCAAGCGGAAGUGACACCGCGAAGAUCCAGGCGUCAGCGACAACCCCCACAAUAUUACAAUGCAUCUGGGUGUUAA